GGCGGGCUGCCGGUGUGUUUUCUGUGGGCCCGUGCGUCUGUUCCGCGUCUAGCUGGCCCUUGCGAGCUUCUUGGGUCUCCGCUUGGGAUGCGCAACCAACUGGCAAUCGAUUUAGGGGAAAAGAAUCCUCGGCGGAGAACGCAGACACUCUGCCAGGUGCAGUUCUGACCUCCCAGGAUCUGUGUAACUCAGGACUGUGCCCAUCCCCAGACACAGGAGGAAACAUGACCAUGUUCAAGGAGGCGGUGACUUUCAAGGAUGUGGCUGUGACCUUCACGGAGGAAGAGCUGGGGCUGCUGGACUCCACCCAGAGGAAGCUGUACCAGGAAGUGAUGCUGGAGAACUUCCGGAACCUGGUCUCAGUAGAAGGAAAGAUCCAAAGUGAGAUGGAGACUGUUUCAGAAGCAGGACCACAUGAAGAGCUUUCCUCCUGGCAGAUCUGGCAACACAUUGCAAGUGACUUCACCAGGUGUCAAGACUCCAUGAUAAAAAGUUCUGAAUUCCACCAACAAGGUGACUCAUCCAGCCAGGUUGGGGCAGGAUUCUCUGAAACUCACACAGGCCAGAAACCUUAUCAGUGUAAUGAAUGUACAAGAUCUUUCAGUGAUGUCUCCAACUUUGAUCUUCGUCAACAAAUACACCCAGGAGAGAAGUCUCAUACAUGUGGUGAGUGUGGAAAAAGCUUCUGUUACAGCUCAGCACUUCGCAUUCAUCAGAGAGUUCACUCGGGAGAGAAACGCUAUAGGUGUGAUGAGUGUGGCAAGGAGUUCAGUCAGAGCUCACAGCUGCAAGCUCAUCAGAAAGUCCACACCAUAGAGAAGCCAUUCAGAUGUGAGCAGUGCGGGAAAGGCUUCAGUCGUAGGUCAACACUUACUGUUCAUUGUAAAUUACAUAUGGGAGAGAAACCUUAUAAUUGUGACCAAUGUGGAAGGGCCUUUAUUCAUGCUUCACAUCUUCAGGAACAUCAGAGAAUCCACACUGGGGAGAAACCAUUCAAAUGUGAUAUAUGCGGUAAGAACUUCCGCCGUAGAUCCGCCCUUAACAGUCAUUGUAUGGUCCACACUGGAGAGAAGCCAUACAAAUGUGAGGAGUGUGGGAAGUGUUUCACUUGUAGCUCAAAUCUUCAUAUCCAUCAGAGGGUCCACACAGGAGAGAAACCUUAUAAAUGUGAGGAGUGCGGUAAGUGCUUCAUUCAGCCUUCACAAUUUCAGGCCCAUCGGAGAAUCCACACGGGAGAGAAGCCAUAUGUCUGUAAAGUGUGUGGUAAGGGCUUCAUUUACAGUUCAAGUUUUCAGGCCCAUCAGGGAGUCCACACAGGAGAGAAACCAUACAGAUGCAGUGAGUGUGGGAAGAGCUUCAGGAUGAAAAUCCAUUAUCAAGUUCAUCUGGUCAUCCACACAGGAGAGAAACCCUAUAAAUGUGAGGUAUGUGGGAAGGGCUUCCGUCAGAGUUCAUAUCUUAAAAUCCAUCAGAAGGCCCACAGCGUAGAGAAACCUUACAAGUGUGAGGAGUGUGGGCAGGGCUUCAAUCAGAGUUCACGACUUCAGAUCCACCAGCUGAUCCAUACCGGUGAGAAACCAUACAAAUGUGAAGAGUGUGGGAAGGGAUUCAGUCGUAGAGCAGAUCUUAAAAUUCACUGCAGAAUCCACACCGGAGAGAAACCGUAUAACUGUGAGGAGUGUGGGAAGGUUUUUAGUCAGGCGUCUCAUCUUCUGACCCAUCAGAGAGUCCACAGCGGAGAAAAACCAUUCAAAUGUGAAGAAUGUGGGAAGAGCUUCGGUCGGAGUUCACACCUUCAAGCCCAUCAAAAAGUCCACACUGGAGAAAAGCCAUACAAAUGUGAGGAGUGUGGGAAGGGCUUCAAGUGGAGCCUGAACCUCGACAUGCAUCAGAGGGUCCACACAGGAGAGAAACCAUAUAAGUGUGGGGAGUGUGGGAAGCACUUCAGUCAGGCCUCAAGUCUUCAGCUUCAUCAGAGUGUCCACACUGGAGAGAAGCCGUACAGAUGUGAUGUGUGUGGUAAAGUCUUUAGUCGGUCUUCACAACUUCAGUAUCACAGGCGAGUUCACACGGGGAAACCUUACCAGUGUGAGACGUGUGGUAAAAGCUUCAGUUGGCGCUCCAAUCUUGUAAGUCAUCACAAAAUGCAUCCUGGGGAUACAUUUUAUGAAAGCAGCGAGAGUGGUAAGAAUAUCAAGGAACUGUCAGAGGAAAGAAGUUCUACAAAAUGAUGUUUUCAAAAGACUCACGUGCAACGUGAAUUCUUGCAAACGUCAGGUCUCAUAGGAGAGAAAAUAUUUUAGGUUACUUGGUGUUGACGCAGUAGCUAAACACAUCCUAGUGUUCACCAGACCACACAGCAGAGACCCCUUCUGAGUGGUGCAGUAAGGGCUGCAUUCAGAACUUUGACAUUUAUCAGAUGUCACUUAGGAGAUAGCACUUCGAAAGGAAAAGAGUUUGGUCUAGCCUUUAACAAAAGUGUAAGUAUGAGCUAGUCAAAAUUGACGUCCAUGAGAAUGUGCGCUCUGUGAGGGCAGGGACUUGGCUGCUGAAUCUACACGACCUUAUCAUUGACUAGUGCUUUUAGGUGUGCUCAGUACUUGUGUUUUAAAUAAACCAAAAGGGGAAAAUGUAUAAUAUAUGAAAGUUGUAUCCAGAGGAGGAAACCUCCAAAAUAAAAUUAAUUCAGGACAUGAACAUUUGUUGAAAUACUGAAAACCACUGCAGAAAACCAAUGUGCAACAUACAUUUUUAAAAUUUAUUUUUGGUUGCGUUGGGUCUUCAUUGCUGCACACAGGCUUUCUCUAGUUGCAGUGAGCAGGGGCUACUCUUCAUUGCGGUGCGUGGGCUUCUCAUUGUGGUGGCUUCUCUUGUUGUGGAGCACGGGCUCUAGGUGUGCAGGCUUCAGUAGUUGUGGCACGCGGCUGAGUUGCUCCGUGUCAUGUGGGAUCUUCCCGGACCAGGGCUCAAACCCGUUUCCCCUGCAUUGGCAGGCAGAUUCUUAACCAUUGCGCCACCAGGGAAGCCCCCCAAUCUUCAAUAUUAAUAUACUAUUAGCCUAUCACAACUGGCUCCUUGCCUCCCACAGCCUCUGUUCUCAAGUUGGGUGGUUAUUUGAGGCCCCGUCUAGUUUGCAAGGACUGUGUUCAGUAGAAAUUGAACUAUCUUGUGAUUUUUUUUCUGAUGGUACAGAGUGAAAAAACAUGAUUAACUUUGCAACAACAGUAACUGCAUAGUAUACAAUUGAAUUUUUUGUCUGUCAAUGUUAAGGCGGGGUUUACUGUAACACUUUGAAAGUGUCACAAAAAUUGUUUUUCCCUAGAAAACAAUGUUUUAGUUGUCCUUGAACUUACUGAUUUCUAAUUCUCUGAAUUUUCAUCCAGACUUUGAAAUGUUUGCCUUCUAAUUAUUGUAGCAUUUCUUCUAAACUUCUCAGGUAGGGGCAAUGCCAUAUUCUUCCCCCACAUCCAUGAGGCAAAUACCCAGAAAACUUGUAGGAAUUUGAUAAAAUUAUCCAGUGUAUUAUUGAGACAAGACUGACAUUUAUGUGCUUUUCCCUAUUGGUUGCAGUAAAGCAUGGUUUCAGGAAAGGAGUAUAUAUAUCAGAAUAUAUUAGAUCUCUUUGAUCUAGAAAUCAUAUAAUUGGAAGUUAUUGAUUAUGAGAUUAAAAUACCAAAAAGAUGAGCACCACAUCAAUGAUGUCACUCAGUUUUUUAAUGGAAAUUAGUGUACAGCUGUAAGAAUUUGAUAUAUUCCUAUAUUAAUCUGAAGACAUUAAAAUGAUGACAGGGACUCUCCUGGUGGUGCAGUGGCUAAGAAUUGGCCUCCCAAUGCAGGGGACAUGGGUUUGAGCCCUGGUCCAGGGAGAUCCCACAUGUCGCGGAGUAACUAAGCCUGUGCACCACAACUACUGAGGCUGUGUGCCACAACUACUGAAGCCUACGUGCUUAGAGCCUGUGCUCCGCAACAAGAGAAGCCACUGCAAUGAGAAGCCCACGCACCGCAACGAAGA